AUGACCGACGGUAUGCUGUUGCGUGAGGCAAUGACCGAUCCAAAUCUGUCAAGAUAUUCAGCCAUCAUUCUCGAUGAGGCCCACGAAAGAACCCUGGCCACCGACAUUCUCAUGGGAUUGAUUAAAGAGGUGUGCGCGCGGCGGCCCGAUCUCAAGCUCGUUGUCAUGAGUGCAACGCUCGAUGCCGGAAAGUUCCAAAAGUAUUUCAAUGCUCCAUUGAUGAUGGUACCCGGCCGCACUUUCCCGGUGGAGAUCUACUACACCCCGGAGCCAGAGCGGGAUUAUCUCGAGGCUGCCAUCCGCACCGCCCUCCAGAUCCACGCGUGUGAGGAUGAGGGCGAUAUUCUGCUCUUCCUUACUGGUGAAGAGGAGAUCGAGGAUGCUUGUCGCAAGAUCAAGGGCGAAGCUGACAAUCUGAUGCAGACCCAGCCCAAGGCGAUUGGAGAGCUCAAAGUGAUACCGCUCUAUUCCAGCUUGCCGCCAAUCCAACAGAAGAAGAUUUUCGAGGACGCUCCCCCACCACGAUUUGAAGGCGGGCCGGCCGGCCGCAAAUGUAUCGUGUCAACUAACAUUGCGGAAACCUCCCUGACGAUCGAUGGUAUCGUCUACGUGAUCGACCCUGGAUUCACAAAGCAGAAGGUGUACAACCCACGAGUCCGUGUGGAGAGUCUGCUGGUCAGCCCCAUUAGCAGAGCGAGUGCCCAGCAGCGCUCGGGACGUGCCGGGCGCACCCGCCCGGGGAAGUGCUUCCGGCUCUACACAGAGAAGGCCUUCCUUGAAGAUCUACAGGAGCAAACCUACCCUGAAAUUCUUCGAAGCAACCUGGGCAACACUGUCCUGCAGCUGAAGAAGCUCCAGAUUGACGACCUUGUGCACUUUGAUUUUAUGGACCCGCCAGCUCCCGAAACGCUCAUGCGCGCUUUGGAAAUGCUCAACUACCUCGGCGCCCUCGACGACGAAGGUGGCCUGACGGAACUCGGCGGAGUGAUGGCUGAGUUCCCUCUGGAUCCCCAGUUUGCCAAGGUCCUGAUCUCCUCGCCCCAGUUCUCCUGUGUCGAAGAAGCCCUGACGAUCAUCGCGAUGCUGUCGGUGCCCAAUUGCUUUAUUCGCCCCAGCGACCAGCGCAAACGAGCAGAUGAGGCCAAGCAGAAAUUUGAUCAUCAAGAUGGCGAUCACCUCACGCUGCUCAAUACCUUUGUGGCAUACAAAGGAGAGGGCAAAGAAGAUGCCAAGUGGUGCUGGGACAACUACCUCAAUCAUCGUGUGAUGAAGUCCGCCGACAACGUUCGGACCCAACUCAAACGCAUCAUGGACCGAUUCGAAAUUCGUGGCCCGAGUAUGAGCCCCGACGACCGCCGUUAUUACCAGAACAUCCGAAAGUCUCUGACGGCGGGUUUCUUUAUGCAAGUGGCCCAUCUUGAGCGAAGCGGAAAGCAGUAUCUCACUACCAAAGACAACCAGGUUGUCCAGCUGCACCCCUCUUCGUGCAUGAACAAGAAACCCGAAUGGGUGCUAUACAAUGAGUUCGUGUUGACCAGCAAGCACUACAUUCGAACGGUGACCGAUAUUCGCGGCGAGUGGCUGCUGGAGAUUGCGCCAAAAGCAGCAGCCAUCAAGAACAACAGCCACGACAAGAGCAGCAGUCACAGCACGAAGAUGGACUUUGCUGCGGGUGCCGGUGUUCUGUGCAAAGUCGGGUGGCGGCUGGACUGCAACUGCCGGACAAAUGCCAUUGUAUAG